AUGGCCAUGUCGAAGCUGGUCAGCGCGCUGCACGUUCUCGCACUGAUAACUGUACCGACGGCCUCCGCGAGUGGAAUCAUCGGCUUUGGUAUCUCAUUGUAUCAGGACCUUUGCUGCCAAUCAUGCCACGACUCGCUUUCCAAACUGUACCUCAACUGUACAACAUUUCCAGAGGGCAUGGAUGCUGAAUCGGCUUCGAGUAUGUCCAUGGACAUGGGAAUGGACAUGUCUAUGAUGCCCGAGACCAGCGAGGAAUGCUACGCGUCGAAUACUCCUUGGCUGCAAACUAUGGCAUACUGCAUCCAGAAGAACUGCAAUGCCGAUGGAUAUCCCACCUCUAAGCAAGCAGAGUGUUUCAGCAAGCAAGCACUUGGCGGCGCAACAGAGCCGACCUUCCAGGACAGCUUGCCAUCAUCUGCCCCUACGGAAGAACUGGCGGCUGAUGCGCUCUGGCUCAACUCGACCAGCCUUGUCAACGGAGACACAUACUACUCGACCCAUGGUACUCUGGGCGAAUUCGCCAGAUCGGAGUAUAUCCACACGCGAUACUCUUUAAUACUUUAUCUGAUUGUCAUUGGCUUCAUCCUAGCCUGUGGUCUCUUCGUCCAGACACAGCGAAUUCUACCUGGAUUUCAAAAACAGCUGCAGACGUCUACGCUAUGGGCCAAAUGUCAGCAAGCGGUCUUCCUACCCGCUCUGUUCAGAAGUCGACGCCUUGAACCUUUGCCAGCCAAUGCUGGGUAUGUUCCUGGUAGGGCUUUGACCAUCUCAAUUGCUGUAUAUGUCAUCAUCAACAUCAUACUGUGCUCUGUGUCCUAUCGCAGCUUUCAACCGAACAUAUAUUUCCUGUCGAAAGGCUUCGAACUGUGCGAAUACGUAGGAAACCGCACUGGAACCAUCAGCAUAGUCAACAUGAGUAUAGCCAUCUUGUUUGCGGGGCGCAACAACAUUCUCAUGACAAUUACUGGCUGGAGUCAAACCACUUUCAUGACUCUACACCGCUGGACAGCACGCGUGGCCACGUUGCAAGCCGUUGUCCACUCCAUUGUCUACACAAUGGCUUACUGGGAGCAAGGGUACGAAGGCGCCUCUGCAUACGCUGCAAAGGCUGCAGAGCCAUUCUACUAUUGGGGAAUCAUCGCGACCAUUGCAAUGUGCUUGAUCCUCCCAUUCGCCCUCCUGGCAUUCCGCAUCAAGUUCUACGAGACAUUCCUAGUUAUCCACAUUGCCCUGGUCAUCCUCACAUUAGCUGCAACAUGGUACCACAUUGUUCCCCACUUUGGUUACGUAUAUGGCUACCAGACCUGGCUGUACCUCUGCUUCGCUUUUUGGGUCUUCGACCGAGUGGCCAGAGUUGCGCGCGUUGGCUUCUACAGCCAUCUUGGCAGCUCCAAGGCCAUCGUUGAACGGGUCCCGGGAUGCGACGUCAUGCAUGUCACGGUGUAUCCUCGCACUACCAUAGGUUUCGGUGUUGGGCAACACACCUUUCUGUACUUUCCCUAUAUUGGCGUAGGGAAGUUCUGGGAAAGCCAUCCUUUCAGUGUAGUUAGCUGGGGAAGGCAGCGACGAUUGCAACCAAGUAAUUCUAGCUCGGCGUCCUCCUCGGCGGAGAAGAGAACUGCCGACGACGAGAUCAACGUUGUUGGUGCGAAGCAUGGCUUGAGCACACAUUCGCGAGCCAUUACCAAGGACUCGUCCUCACCGCUCUUAGGCGAGAUGGAUGAACGGCCUUCGAUAUCAUUCAUGAUGCGGGCCCACACUGGCUUCACAAGAACCUUACUUCGAGAUCUCUUCACCUCUGACACUCGGCCUGCAGAAAUUGCAGUCUAUACGGAAGGACCAUAUGGGGGACACGGUGCGACCCUGCAGCCGCUCGUCAACGCGGACACCGUCAUCUGUCUCGUUGGCGGUAUUGGUAUCACCAACAUUCUCGGUUUGGUUCAGGAGUACACCAGCGGAAAGUUCACCGGUGGUGAGAGUCAGAGUAAGACACGGGGUCUGAUGAAGAAAGCUAAGAGACUAGUGCUUCUCUGGUCUGCAAGGGAGAUGGCCUUGAUCGACUUCGUAAAGGAUAGGUUCCUUUCAUUCGACGUGGAGGUUGAAGGAAUCGAGUGCGCGUUCUGGUGCACAGGAAACUCCAAGAACACUGAGCAGGACUCGGAUACUGAAAGCCAGAAGGCAAGCGGAGUCAAGACAGGACAAUCCGCUGUCGCAACGAGAGGACGAAUGAUGAUGGGAACGGAGCUAAGGUCUCACUUGGAAAAAGGCCAGCAGACAACUAUUGUCGUAUGCGGACCUAGCCAGAUGACGGACGAAGCCACCAGAGAAGUGGUCGGCUGUAUCAAGGAGGGUUAUAGAGUGGACCUUGUUGAGGAGGCUUUCAGCUGGUAA